AAAAAGGGGAGGGGACAGGGGCGACGAAUGACAGUUUGUGGGCUGCCUCUACUGCUUCAGUGUCUUCCUGCAUGCCACUCUUCCCAUGAUGCAUCUCUCCACCGUUCUUCAAAACCUACACUUCUAAUCUUCAUUCUCAUGGGACUUUCCCUCAACUUUUAUGCAAUUACUCUUACUCAGUAGCUCCCUCUAAUUAUACAUUAACCUUUAACUUACCAAUUUACAUUGCACCCCCUUAUAUACCCCCUUUCUCUCUUUUUAUAGUUCCUGGCCGAUUUCCUUGGAUCACCCCUCUAGUAGUAGUUAGCUGAAAAACUUAUAUAAUAUUUGUAAAAAAAUAAGAUUGCUAAAAAUAGGUCAUUCUAUAACACACUAAACGGUAAUCUAAAGGCGAACCACGACCUUAACACACUCGAGCUUUUUCUGCCUAAUCCACCUUUUCAGGCGAUGUAAAGUGCGUGGAUUGUUUAUGUCACGUGAUAGAAUUGCUUUCAAUUUCCAGGUAUGAUUAGUUUCCUGUUCCGGGGUUUGAUAUUACUUCCUGCUCUAAAGGGGGUGUGACGUCACCAGGAUGGAUUCUCUCACUGAUGCUCUUGCUGGAAGCUUCUCCGUUUCAUCUGAUCUGAAUAGUCCAUCUGCUCCACAUCCUCGAUUAUCUCAGUACAAGAGCAAAUAUAGCUCUCUGGAGCAAAGCGAGCGCAGAAAGAAGCUUCUAGAGCUGCAGAAAGCGAAACGGCUAGAUUAUAUAAACCAUGCCCGGCGCCUGGCUGAGGGAGAUUGGUCACAAGAUGAGGAGGAGAAAAAGGACCAGAAAGAAGAUGGAGGAGAUGAGUGUGAAGAAAUGGAUGUGGACCUAGGGAAAAAGUUGCCACGUCAUUAUGCCAAUCAGCUCAUGCUGUCUGAGUGGCUGAUAGAGAUCCCACAGGACCUGUCUGAGCUCUGGCUUCUUGUUGUAUGUCCUGUAGGAAAGCGCUCUCUGAUUGUUGCCUCAAGGGGAUCUACAGCAGUAUAUACCAAGAGUGGUUAUUGUGUUAACAGAUUUCCUUCAUUGCUCCCUGGAGGGAACAAACGCAACAAUGCAAGUGGCAAAGAUUACACCAUCCUAGACUGUAUAUACAAUGAGGAGACUCGAACAUAUUAUGUGCUGGAUGUUAUGUGCUGGAGGGGGCAUCCAGUGUAUGACUGUCAGACGGAUUUCCGAUUUUAUUGGCUCCAGUCAAAGCUGCUGGAACAAGAAGGACUCUGUGAUAUCUCAAAGCGCAACCCAUUCAAGUUUGUUGGACUGCAGAAUUUCCCUUGUUCUUUGGAAUCUAUACAGGGUGUCCUGAUGCAGGAAUUUUCAUACAAGGUCGAUGGCUUUCUCUUCUACCACAAGCAUACUCACUACACACCAGGCAGCACUCCGUUGGUUGGUUGGCUGAGACCUUAUAUGGUCCCCGAAAUUUUAGGUUUUCCUGUUCCACCUUGUGCCCUUGCACAAAAGCCUGCUUAUGCCCAGGAACAGAUGCGCCAGAUCCUUGAACAUAAAAAAGGGGGUAAAGGGACAGCAGAGGGUGGGCACUAUGAACUUGAACACCUUUCUACCAUUGGUGCGCUGGAGUGAAAGUGAUUUGUGAAGAUUUAAAAAGAUAAAGAAGGCUAAGAGGUGCUGCUGUCAGUGAAUUUUCCGAGACUGGAAUUUUCCACAGUUGUACUCCAUCUUGCACAAUUCUGCAAUUCAAAAAGAAGCUCGCUCCUAUCAAUUGUGUAAUGUUAAGAUAUCAAAGCUUGUGCGUAUGGGUACAUGUAGAUCUAGAUCACAGCAGCUGUUAAAUAUAUGGUCUGCUGAAUAAGUUUUCAGUGCUCUACUCACUGGGGGGGAAACUGAGCAAUAUUUUUGAUGUAAAAUAUUCCUUUUUUUUAAUAAAUGAUAUUUUGUAUUUUUUUGUGUGUCAGUAUUAAAAUAGAAGAAAUAUGGAA